AUGACCUAUCACUUCAAAUCUACGUUAGCUUUCUCACCAGCCGAGUUGACCCACCGACAUCGAAACACGCCCUACACGCCGUGCGUCGCGUGCCGUGCGUCCCGGGCCGUCAUGGCGCGGGCGACGUUCGGGUCGGUGCUGUUGGUCGUGGCGAUGGCCACGCUCGGUUGGCUGUGCUCGAAAGUCUGUUCCUUCGAGCUGUGGGCACUCUUCUCGGGCAUCAGUGGUCUUUUGUUGACGCUGAGCAGCAACAACGGCGAACGAACGGGGAAGGGCAGACAGGUGCCGUGUGGUUUGGUGACCUUUGGGGAUCAGUGCACUGACACCCAAUGUGUGAAGAAGAGCCUUGGGCCUUUUCGGGAGCGGCAGGAGGUGCAGUCGGUCUUCACGAUCGAUCCGCAGACCUUACACAGCUUCUGGGUGCUGACGGGGCUCUGCUUGUCCUGGGCAGCCGUUUGCUUGAGUGCUCGUUCCAUGUUGAGAUGGAUGGCCCGGUCCUAUGGCGCAUAUGCAGUCAACGAACACAGCUUGAAGAUUGCGCGAUACACCGCGGUGGUCUUGCUGGUGCCACCCACUUAUGGGACCUGUGCCAUGUCAGCUCUUCGGGUGAUCACCAUCAACCGCGAAGAUACGUGGACAGCAGAGUCCAUGAUGGAUGUUGCUGAGCUCUUUUCCGCCUGCGCAUUGUAUGCCUUUCAGAGGUUGCUGGUGGUCUACGUGGAUUGUUUGAGCCCAAGCUUGAGUCUGGAGCGGACCUUGGACCAGGGAGACGUCGACAUCAAGAAUUCCUUCAAGUUGCAAAGGAGCUUCCAGUCGGUGAUGUCGUUGGGCAUCAAGCAGUACGUGGUCCUAGCCUUUGCUUGUAACCUCUUCUUGGUGGCGGUGAAAGCCUGGGACGUGCUCCAACCCGCUUCCUGCCAGGAGGCUUUAGCCUUUAUUGCUCAUCGGGGAUUCCCUCACCACAGCAUCAGCCUGGCGGUGAGUGAGCAGAAGCUGAACCAGUCGCUCCAUACGCGUGCAACAUCGUUGGCUUGUGAGGAUGUUUGGAAUUCAAGCUCUUUGAUGAUUAUGACUGCUGAUUUCUUCACCUGCAGCAUCGCCCUCUAUGCAAUCCUUCAGUACGAGCACGCGUUCAAUGAAGUGCUGCAUGCUGUGAACCCCUUCUGGAAGUUCUGGGGCGUGAAAGGCUUGCUCUCCGUAAACUUCCUCCAAAGCACGAUUCUGGCCGCGGUCUCCUGGAUGACGUCCAGCGAUGCAGCUGGCUUCGUUGCGACGCUCUUGAGUCUAGUCCAAUGUGUGAGGAAAACAUAG